AUGGACGAUGAAGAAAAAGAAAAGCAUUGUACAGCUGUUUCAUCCCUAUUGGGAGUCAUGAGCACCUCACGGGUCACCAGAGGGAUUAGAAUUCUCAGUCUCCCGGCAAGUACACUAAACCGUUCGGCUCCCAGCGGCUGCUCAGCAUCCUCUAGCAUCCUUUCGGUGCCUAGCUGCCAUGCCAUCCGAAGGAAGCGCGAGGGCUGGGAUACUACCAGGUUGCCCAAGCCUAGACAGGGGAAGUCGAGAGGCAGAUGUCGGAUUCGAACGACGGACCUUCCGGUCAUUAAAUUCGCGCUCUAA